GGGGGCGAGCCGGGCCGUGAGGGAGCGCGCGGGUGUCCGCGAGCCGCGGCCGAGACCGGAGCCAGAACCAGAACCCGGAACCAGAACCCGGGCCCAGCCCGACCCGACCCAGCCCCACCGGGCGGCACCUCCGACACCGCCAACAAACCUUCCCCCCCUCCGAUCCACCUCGGCCCGCCGGCCCCCGUCCCGCCGCCACCAUGCUGGCGCUGCUGUCCCGGCUGCUGGACUGGUUCCGCUCGCUCUUCUGGAAGGAGGAGAUGGAGCUGACCCUGGUGGGGCUGCAGUACUCGGGCAAGACCACCUUCGUUAACGUCAUCGCGUCAGGUCAGUUCAGUGAAGAUAUGAUUCCUACUGUGGGCUUCAACAUGAGAAAAGUUACAAAGGGUAAUGUUACAAUAAAGAUUUGGGAUAUAGGAGGGCAGCCACGAUUCCGAAGCAUGUGGGAGAGAUAUUGCAGAGGAGUUAAUGCUAUUGUCUACAUGGUAGAUGCUGCAGAUCGUGAAAAAAUAGAAGCCUCUCGAAAUGAGCUGCACAAUCUUCUAGAUAAGCCACAGCUACAAGGAAUCCCUGUUCUAGUACUUGGAAAUAAGAGAGACCUUCCUAAUGCUUUGGAUGAGAAACAGCUAAUUGAAAAGAUGAACCUUGCUGCUAUUCAGGACAGAGAAAUCUGCUGCUACUCAAUUUCUUGCAAAGAGAAAGAUAAUAUAGAUAUCACGCUUCAGUGGCUUAUUCAGCAUUCAAAAUCUAGAAGAAGCUGAAGUCUUCCUGGAAUCUCCAGAACCAGUUGGCCAUAAUCUCAAUUGUCCACUUCCCUCCAUAAUGAGAUAUUACCCAAAAAUCCUGUAUCAAGAAUCUGCCUUUUCACAGUUCAUUUCUCAUGUGCACUGCUGAAGACUUGUAUUCCUAUUCUGUCACAAAACAACUAGAGUUGUCAUGAUAAAGUCAGCACAAAUAUUUAUUUUACAACCAUCUACGGUGGGAGGGUUUUGGGGGGGCUUUUUAAAAAAAGACUAUCUCUCUAUCAUGUUAACUAUGAUGGUACACUCUGUUCUGGUUUUUCAGGGCCAGGUUUUUAUAUGAUUUUCAGCAAGUGUUUUAUUUCUAGUGUUUAGUGGCUUGAAGAUGCUGAUGCUUGACAGCAUUAAGAUUCUGUAAGGUGCCACAUACAGUAGUUAGAAAACAUUUAAGCGUGAGCUGUGAGAUACUGAUCUGUCUCACAAAUGCAUGUGAUGUGUGUUUGUAAGCAGAGAAAUGGAAACUGUUUGCAAAGGGGAGCACAAGGCAUAGAUCAGCAUCAUUAAUCUACAGCUGAGAUCUUACCCAGUCACUUGAAAUCAAGAAAACUCUCAUGAUGAAUUAGGAAAGAGUCAACUGCUUAAAAUCAUUCUGUUGCUUCUGUUUAACAUUUGUGUGGGGGAUGGGAGUGGACCGCUCUGUCAAGCUUUCAAAAAUUGGAGUAUUUCAGCAUGAAAACCAAUUGCUAGGAACAUCAGACUUGGCUCAAAUACAUCUUUCUAUCCACAGAUUCUCGAGGUCUCUAUCUGGAACCAGAGCGCACAUUCUGAGCAGCUGCAUGACACUUAAAUUACUGAUGUUUUCCUGUAGAGUCAGUCGGUUAGUUGUUGAGCUGUAGCACAAUAUCUGUGUGAUUGUCUGGUGUCUCCCCUGCUCAUGAAGUGGCUGGGCACAGUUUCACCUGGUGCUAUGAACAGCUGGGCUAUUGUGACAACUCUAGACCUGCCUGCUUUCUUGAUGUAACCAUGUGCAAAGUGGCAAGAUGAAGUGUUCUGCUGCAUCAAAGCACAAGAGAGCCAAUGAAUUGAUCCUAUUUCUUGACUAGUUCCUACAGUAUAGGAAAGUAUCUGUAAACUAAAGAUUGUAAUGUUUUUGUAGCUUUUUUUUUCUUUCUCUCAGUGACUUCAGUAUAUUUAAAAGGACAGACUUGUUAAUUCUGGUUUGUUCAUACAGUACUGUCAGUGUGGCUUACAAGUGUGUGCAAAUACAUGCUACACCUGCUCGUGUUGCUUCACACUGUGUGUGAUUCUUCACCUAAAUGUGGAGUUUGCAUUCUGUCCAAGUCCUUUGGUUGCAAACACUGUUCAGCCCAUAUUGGUUGUGACAAGCCAGUUUUAAUUUAGCCUGCCAUAGCCUUACUGUUCUGUAUGAACUGUUGCAUUGUUGCACAGACACUACAUGCAGCCUGCAUUCAGUCUCAGCUUGCAUUCUAACUUUUUGUCCCCUUUCAGUUCUCUGAAGCAUGGUUUCAAUGAAUUCAUACUCUGGUGCUGUAGAGGAGAGGGUAUAUUAACUUGCUACUGUAGUCCCUAGUUCACCAGGAACUGCUACAGUUACUUUAUUUAGCAAACUUGCUUGUGCCUAAAAUAAGGAAACUAAACUAGAAUGUGUGGAUCUUUGUGGGGGACCAGGUCACUGUUUAAUUAACUGGCCUAUAGCUAAACUCGAUGUGUUUGGUGUUUAUAUACUUCACUGCUUUCAGCGUUUAUGGCAUCCAAACACUACCAAUUGUUAACCUGUGCAUUACUCUCUGCAUGUGAACAACUUAUACAAUUACUGAACUUUGUAAAUACGUGAAUUUUUUUUUUAUUUAGGUGAUGCAUAUGUUGGUUUGCUGCUCUUCAGCUUUACUCAAUAAACUUCUGUUUUGAGGGUUGUAUUGACACUGAACUGACUGAUGAGUUGAUGUGGCUAAACUCAUGGCAAUAUGUUAUGGGGGGUCUGUACUCUCCCAAAAGAUUACAGUGGGGGAAGAAGUCUCAGAAAAUACUUGAAUUUUGUUAUGAUCUGUGCUUCAGCUAUCUGAGGGAAGUGCUUACAAAACUACCUUUCAGGCCUGGGGUUUUCUGAGCUUACAUGACCAAGCUUGGCUAGUCAGUCUCAGCAGACCUCAGUGUUUCAUUGUGUUUAUGAAAAGCACCAGAUUGUCAGCUGGAGGGGUUUAAGUAGGGGCAGCCUUCUGGAGCUCUGUCUUCAUGAAAAAGUGCAUGUGUCUACAAGCUUGUUUCUUGCUGUCAAGUCUAGAGCUUUUCUAGUGUCAAAUCUAGCAGUGCCUGAUCAUUCACUGCCAAUUAAAGCAUUAAGAUUCUUAUUGGAAAGUGAGGCUUUUGUUGACUGAGGUCUUGAACAAAAUCUUUGCUGUGUUGUUGUUGGUUUUGGUUUUUUAUCAGAAGUUACACCAACUUCUUCCCAGAUGCUUUAGCUGCAUUAUUUUCUCUCAGUCACUGAUUAGCUUUCAGGCCCAAAUAUCAACAUCUUCCAAGUACUGGUACCAAAUUGGAUGUUUUCUAUUCAGGGCUUGCUUCCUUGUAAGCUUUCAGAGUUGCUGAGCUGUAUCAGGUUACCUUUUAGGCCUGAGUACUGGUUAGUUAGCAUCCUCCAUCUGUAACUCAGCUGGUGGGAGGAACUAUUGAACUGUUGAGUAAAAUAUUGUGUGCAUUUUUCUUAGUUGAUGGGAGUUUCCUGCAUGUGGAACAAGCAGCCUGAAGUAACAUUCAAAGCAAAAUGCCUCUAGACACAAAAUCUGAAAACAGCAUUACUGCUGCCAGCUUUGUCACCCAGGUUGGUCUGAUACCAGUGUUAAUCACUUCAACCAGCAGUGGUGUGAACAGCUGAUUGCUUGAGGUGGGAUUUAAGGAAUAGUUUCUAAAUGGAAGUAGCCAGGGGAGUUCCAGUGGCCACCUAUGGUGUGUGCUCUAAAAAGUGCAUUUGCAUUUCUUCAUGAAAUGACUGCCUAGGGUCUCACAGCUAGUCUUGUACUGUUCUGCCAGAUGCCUUGAGUUGCUCAGCUGGCAGAAAUGCAGCCCUGGAAGAGGCUAUUUGAAUUCAGUGCAGAGGAUUAAACACCUUUCUUCUUCCAGGGUUUGAUUAACUUGCCAACUACCUUCAUUGUGAGACAGAAGGGAAGUGUAGGAAGCCUUUCCAGAGAAGUGAGGCUGUUCCUGCCACCUUCCAGCCUUGCACUGGGAACACUACUUGCUCAUCUGCCACAGUUAAGUCCAAGAUUACACCUUUUCUGUUCUAAUAAAGGUGUGGAGCCUAGGAUAGGCAUUAGCAGUGUUGUCUGAUGAACUUGGGUGCUGUAGUUGUGUUCUGCUUCUAGAUUGAUUACUUACUUGUCUCUGGCUCUUGAGUGGGCCUGGCUAGUAAAAAGAGGAUGAACAAAUUUCUAAUCUUCUUAAGUUGCUUUGUGGGAUUCAUUUUAGUAAACUAAAUUAUUGUACUUAAACAUCAGUAGCUGUAGUCCUGCAACUCUCUUCUGAUGUAUCUGCAGCAGGCCUUGAACAUCAGCAUAGUAAGAAAAAUGGGUCUUGUGAAAAGGCAAAUGCUGAGCCAGAGAGAGCUCUUGGUCAGGAAUCUGGAUGCAAGCUGGACACCAGUCAUACCAGCAUGACCUCGAGAUGUGGUGGUAUUGCAUGGUAUUAAAUGUUGGGUUUUGUUCAGUACAAGCAGUGGCUUUCCUUGAUAGAGCAGAGCAUCUCUGGCCUGGCCUGGGAAGAGAUGUUUGUGUGUGCACCCGCAGCACCAGGCUGUGUGAAGGUUUUCCUUGGAAUGUUCAUGUCCUGUCAGCAGUGUGUGGAUGGAUGGGGGUUGCUUUGAGCACAGUUACAGGGCAGCAUCACUCUCAUCAGCACCCUGAGUGCUGCUGAGCAUCUGAGCAGUUGCACAGAGCAGUUCUGUCCCUCCCCACUUGGCAGCCUGAGAUAUGCACAAGUGUAGAGCUGCUUCAUGAACUAAAAAUUUAGUUUCUUAUUGAUUUGUGUUUUCUCUUUGCAUCUUGAUGGAAAUGAGUUGGAAAGAUGGCCCUUUGUGUGUGCUGACAAGCGGAACUGCAUAGUCUUCACUUUCUGGUAGAAGAAAGAAGGCCAAAGAAAAUGCCUUAAACAGCCUCUGUGGUUAAAUUAGUGUAGGAAUGUUGUGCAGGGAUUUACGAUAACUUGAAGUGUGACCUAGCUGGUUUAUCGAGCUUUUAACUUUUCUAAGGUUUCAUUUUCUAGUUUCUGUGGCUGUGGCAUGUCUUGAGUUGCUUGGUGUGUGUUUACUGACUGUGAAAGCAAUGUGCUUCCUCCUCCCUUCCCAUGCCCAGCACUGCUCCCUGCGGGCUGCCUGCUGCACUGACCCUGACUCCAGAGAGCCCUGUGAAUUCUAAGCAGGGGGGGUUGGGUGUAAAUCGGGUUUUCUGAGCUGUCUUGCUAAGAGCAGGGGAUUGCCAAAGACACCGAGAGCAAAGCAAGGAGUUGAGUUAAAGGGCAAGUAACCUGGGAGUGCCUGAGAGUGGUGUGUGCUUCAGGACUUCUGUUCCCAAAAGCAUGGGUGUAGAAUGACUCUCGUCUCACUAAAUCAUAAACCUUGAGUGCACAGUCUGUUGUUUUAGGGCUGCAGAAGCUGAAUGUUAGAGUCUGCCUUGGUGAAACAUGUUUUCUUUACAUGUUUUAAGUGACAAAAGCAGGAUGGCACUGGAAGGGGUAUGUGCAUGUACUCUUUUGAAGGAGAAGUAAAAAAAAAUCUGUUUUAUUUCUGUCUCAGUGGAAGGUGGGUAAGUAGACCUUUGUGCCAGGAUUAGUGCCUUUUAAUUAUGACAUGACAGGUUUUGUUCUGUUAAAGGCAACAUCUAUCAUUGUGAUCAUUUUGAAGUGCUUCAAUAAAGUGUUGUUGAAAACCA